AUAGAAGCGGGAAAUGCGUGUUUACUUGUAUUUAAUAAUUCUAAGUUUUUUAAUUUUUAUCUAUGCUGUUCGAUAUUUAAUACGUAUUUAUCUAUCUACUAAUUACUAUACUUUAUAAUUAGUAGCUAUUUUUCAAUAAAAAAUAUCAUGGGGCCGAUUCCGAUUGAUCGUAUUAUAAGCAUAAGCAGUGAAGAUCAAGCACACAAAGCGGAAAACAUACUUAACGUCUCAGAUUCACAUCAGACAUGGCGUUGUAAGCCAGGUGAAAAACAAGCUACGGUUAUUCUUCAAUUUUUGAAACCAUCGGUCAUUAGUUCCAUUGACGUUGGAAAUGAUAAUUCUGCUUUUGUAGAAAUAUUUGUAGGAAAAUCUAUGUCUGAUGAAUUUCAAGUACUAUUGGUAACUUCUUCUUUGAUGACAUUGCAUGAAUGUAAAAAUGGAUUAAAUGUAAAUAAAGUCCGGUUUUUUGACACCGACCAUCUAUCUUUGGCAUCUAAGGAAUCAUGGGAUAGAGUAAAAAUUGUAUGUACGCAACCAUACAUUAAACAGAGCAAAUAUGGUUUAUCGUUUAUAACAUUUCAUUCAAAAGAUAUAGAACAAAAAUCACCUAUCCUGUCACAAUCUAUUCAGCUAGGAUCAUUUACAUUAAGAAACGAUGAUGAGUCUGAUGAUAUUUCAUCUGUCGGUCGAUUAUUUUCCAAGCGUAAUGAAAAUAAAGAUGUUGUAAGGAUGCCAGAAUCCCCAGUUAAUCGUUUACUUGCAAUACAUAAAAAAAACUUAGAAACAGGAAAACAGAAAAAUACAAAUAUUAAUAUUCAAACACCUUUAAUGAAUCAAAAGAUCUCCAAAUCUCCAAAAGAUUCUGUAAAACUAAAAAACAUUGAUUUAAAUGUUAAAAAAACUGACGCAAUUACAAUGGAAGCUGUUAAAAAUAAAGUUACUAAAAAGAAAGAAUUAAGUCCAUCAUCUCUAAACUUUCAACCAUCCAGAAAAAAAAUUAAAUUAAUAAAAAAUCCAUUACCAGUAACAAAACCGUUCAGUGAAUUAUUGAACAAUGUUGUAUUUGUAAUGAGCGGUUAUGAAAAUCCAUAUCGUAGUAACAUUCGUUCAAAAGCUUUGGAAAUGGGUGCCAGAUACAAACGUAAUUGGGAUUUGUCUUGCACACAUCUAAUAUGUGCUUUUAUAAAUACUCCGAAAUAUAAUGAAUGCAAAAGACAAGGUACCUAUCGUAUAGUAAAAAGUGAUUGGAUUGAUAAAUGCUAUUCGAAUAAAUGUCGAUUUCCAUGGAGAAGAUAUGCUUUGGAUAAAUUGGAGCAAAAUAAACCAGAGAGUGAAGAUGAAAUAUGUGCAUGUUCUGAUUCGGUCCAAACUGAUGAUAGUGAUGAUGAAUGGAACAACAUUUCUGUAAAGCCAAUACCCUCAACAUCACAAACAAAUAAUUCAGUAAAUCAGAAAAAUACAACAAUAUCACCAUAUGAUUUAGAUACUGACAUUGAUUCGGAUUCAGAUAUUCCUAAAGAUAUAUUAGCUGAUGAAAGCAAUGUAUCAUUGCCAUUAAUAGAUAAUAUAUUUCAUAAUUGCUUAUUUUAUUUAUCUUCCAGUUUAAAUCCUUUGUUAAAACAAAAAUGUAGUCGCUACAUUAUAGCACUUGAGGGAAAAUUGAGUGAAAAAGAUAAAUGUCAUUAUAUUGUUUCAACUGAUGCAAAUGAUUUACAAGUUAAGAAUUCUGUUACUCCACAAUGGAUUUGGGAUUGUUAUGAUGCUAGAAAAAUACUUCCAUUAAAAUAAAGAUUGUCUUUCUAUAACUAAA